AUGACUAAAAAUUAACAAAUUGUAAACAGACACAUAGUGAAUCACCAAUUUAACAUAAUCUUUAGCGACAUAGCUCAGUACUAUGUACAUGGAAUGAUUGCAGGUCAAGGUCUUACGUUUUUAGACAUAGUCCAGAACUUAAAACCAAUUUAACCCAGAGAAAUACAUACAUGGAGUCCACAAGAGCAAAUACAACUAUGACUCGCCAAUGUUGCCCAUAUAUGGUAGCUCUCUAAUAAAACUUAUUCUUGUCGUCCUCCGAGAUAGUUCUCCUUUAUAAGCUAGCACUAGGUCCACCUGAUUCAUGGUCAAUCCUAAAGGUAGCCAUCAAUUAGCUAGUGAAUGCUCACCACAGCUGUUAUGAUUUACAUCUAGAGCUUUAUUUAUCUUUCAUUGAUGUUUACAACCUUUGACUGCAUGUUUUUUCUGGUACUAGAUGAAUUUGAAUAAAAAACAACAGGGCAGAAAAUUGUUGGAAUAAUUUUACUCCUGUAAUACUUUAUCUUGAAUACUUCAAGUGAAUCAGAGUAAUUUCUCUUCGCACUUACUACUACACUGAGGUAGGAGAGAAAAUCGCUCUCAUGCUCUGGUUGUCAGAGAAUUUGUACGUUCAAUGAAUAGGAUAUAAUAAUGUAAUUAACUAAUUGGCAUUGAUAGAAUUUCACAAUUUUUUCAAUGAUACGAAUUCAAAUCAAUUUUCCGCCAGAGUUACACAUACUUUAUUACUUAAGUUUCAAUGUUCUAUAACUUGAUACAAGGAUGUCCACUCCAAGUAAAUCCCAUGCUGUCAAUCAACCAUAGAAAGUUCGUGAUUGUUUUAAAUAGCACAGAAGUCUCAAUUUUAGAUUCAAAUUAAUGAUAACCGAUGUAGAAUCUGUGUGAUAAGUAUGCAACUCUUGUAAAUUACUAGACAAGAUUUUGGAAGAUUGAGGAGAUACACAACACCUUCCAUUUGUGUUAAAUAAUCAUUUAACAUAUGAAUGUAUUAAAAAUGACGAUCUUGAUAUUUGGAGCAUAUAGCAGGUACGAUGAGGCCUGCUUAGACGGCAGGAGGACUGAAGGAGUAGGGAGUUUGUAUAAAACUCCUACCUCAACUUCAGUUCUGCACUCCUCAAGAGACUAACGUACCACAAGGAUCGUGUACUGUCUAGUCAGUCUGUUUUAUUAGCUCUACUUGAACACUCCUGUGCUAACAUGUGUGACGACGACGUAGCUGCACUAGUUGUUGACAAUGGGUCAGGCAUGUGCAAGGCAGGAUUUGCUGGAGAUGACGCCCCACGAGCUGUUUUUCCUUCUAUUGUUGGAAGACCUAGAUAUCAGGGGAUAAUGGUAGGUAUGGGACAAAAAGAUAGUUACGUGGGAGAUGAAGCCCAAAGUAAAAGAGGUGUACUGACUGUAAAAUACCCCAUUGAACACGGAAUAGUAACUAACUGGGAUGAUAUGGAAAAAAUAUGGCAUCAUACAUUUUACAAUGAACUUAGAAUUGCCCCAGAAGAGCAUCCUGUGCUCCUCACUGAAGCUCCAUUGAAUCCAAAAGCAAAUCGUGAAAAAAUGACACAGAUUAUGUUUGAAACUUUCAAUUCACCAGCCAUGUACGUCGCUAUCCAAGCUGUUUUAUCCCUCUAUGCAUCGGGGAGGACCACUGGUAUAGUUUUGGACAGUGGUGAUGGAGUAUCGCAUACAGUUCCUAUUUACGAGGGAUAUGCUCUACCACACGCAAUUUUACGUCUGGACUUAGCUGGUCGAGAUUUGACGGAUUAUCUUAUGAAAAUUCUGACCGAAAGAGGAUAUUCUUUCACGACAACAGCUGAGAGAGAAAUAGUUAGGGAUAUAAAAGAGAAACUUUGCUAUGUAGCUUUAGACUUUCAACAGGAAAUGGCAACAGCUGCCGGUUCUAGCGCAUUAGAAAAAAGUUACGAAUUACCAGAUGGACAGGUCAUCACGAUUGGAAACGAAAGAUUCCGUUGUCCAGAGGCAAUGUUCCAGCCAAGUUUCCUGGGAAUGGAAUCGUGCGGUAUUCAUGAGACAACUUACAAUUCCAUUAUGAAAUGUGACGUAGAUAUUCGUAAAGAUCUAUAUGCAAACUCUGUACUAUCUGGAGGUACAACAAUGUAUCCAGGAAUUGCUGACAGAAUGCAAAAGGAGAUUACUGCCCUAGCUCCAUCCACAAUGAAAAUAAAAAUAAUUGCACCACCGGAAAGAAAGUAUUCGGUAUGGAUUGGAGGAUCCAUUCUUGCUAGCUUGAGCACGUUCCAACAGAUGUGGAUUUCAAAGCAAGAAUACGAUGAAUCUGGACCAUCAAUCGUACAUCGAAAAUGUUUCUAAGGUAUAAUUUAUUGCAGAGGUAGCAAUUUAUGAUGAAUGUGUAUAUUAGCAAUGUUGAUGUAUAGUGGUAGAUGACUUUUCAGGAAAGUUGAUUUAGCCCAUUACGUGAGACAUAAUGUUUUCUAAACUGACGUAUGGAAACCUCACUAACUAUAAUAGACUAAUUUUAUUUCUCCCAUUGAUAAAAACUGUCAUUCAAAUUCAGGUAACUCAUAAGCAUUUAUUUCGUUUCAUUUUAGUUUAUUCAAAUUAGACGUUAUAUUUUAAAACAUUUUCUUCGAUAUAAUUAAUUUUCAAAUUUACACACCAUAUAUUGUUACACGUGAAAUGUGUCGAUUUAUUAUAUUUAUUGAUCUUGGUUUUAUAUAUUUGAUAUUUAAACAAAUAAAAAAUAUAAUAAUAAAAAAA